AUGGGUGAGGGUGGUUCGAAUAUUGAAAGAUAUAUUGUUAAAAACCAAGAUCUUGGACGUGAUACUUGUGCACCAGCUGGUGAAGUUAAUAUUGAUAGUACAUCAUUACGUGUAACAAAAUUAGCACCAGGAAAAAAAUAUUUAUUUCGUGUACGUGCUGUUAAUAAAGAAGGUGAAGGUGAACCAUUAAAAACAACUACUACAACAUUAGCGAAAAUCCAUACGAUGAACCAAGAUAAAGAUGGUGGUGCAUCCGUUGAAAAAUAUAUUAUUGAACAUCAAGAAAAAGGAUUUGAUAAUAAUGCUACAAUAACUGAUUUACUCGAAAAUAGUGAAGUUGCAUUUUGUGUUAAAGCAGUUAAUAAAGCUGGUGAAAGUGAACCAAGUUCAACGACUGACGGACGAGCACCAACAUUUGUUAAAAAAUCAAGAGAUACAAUACCUGAAGUUAAAUGGUGUCGUAAUGGUUUAGAAUUAUCACCAUCUGGUCGUUGUCGUAUUGCUACAAAACUAAAUGAAUUAAAAUCUACCUUAAUAUUCAAUGAAGCUUGGGAUAGUGUGCCAGCUAAACUUACACGUGAACCAGAAGAACAACGUAUUCCUUUGGGUGAAACAUUAAAAGUUAAAAUUCCUAUUAGUGCUGAUGAUGAUCGUGUACGUAUUCAAGAAUUUGAUGAUUUUAUUGUUGUUACAAUACCUGAUACUGAACGAGAAGAUGCUGGUAAAUAUGCAAUUAAUGUUGCAAAUGAUUCAGGAUCAUGUAAUGUUCCUUUGAAAUUUUUUUUUACUAUAACACCACCACUUCCUCCAACUGGUCCACUUGAAAUAUCAAAUGUAUCGAAAGAUCGUGCAACACUAUCAUGGAAACCACCAAAAGAUGAUGGUGGUAGUAAAGUAACUGAUUAUGUUAUUGAACGACAACCACCUGGUUCACUAGGACAACCAGAUAUCACUGGAAUGACAAAUAAUACUGUAACACUUAAUUGGGAAAAAGUAACUUCUGAUGAUGGUGGUCCUAUAACUGGUUAUUGGAUUGAAAAACGUGAAGAAAAUACUGACAAAGGGAUAUCAGUAAAUAAAUCACCAUGUCAAUCAGCACAUUUUACAGUACCAUCAUUAGUAGAAGAUCAUAUUUAUGAAUUUCGUGUUACAGCAGAAAAUGAAGCUGACAAAGAAACACCAUCUGAUGCAACUAAACCAACUAAAGUUAAAGAUCCAAAUGCAUCUACACCACCAGAAUUUGUUAAAAAAUUAAAAGAUGCUGAAGGUAAUGAAGGUAAAACAAUUACAUUGGAAUGUGAAGUUAUUGGAACACCUAAACCUGAUUUCAAAGGUACAAAAGAAAUUUCUCAGGGUGCUAAACACACUAUAACACGUGAUGGUGAUAAAUGUGUUUUGGUUAUUAAUAAUGCUACACCAGAUGAUGUUGAUGAAUAUAGUAUUAAAGUACGUAAUAGAUGUGGUUUAAGAAUGUACCGUUGUAAUGUUAAUGUUCGAUCACCACGAAGAUUUCGUUUACCACCAAAAUAUCAAGAUGUUCUUAAUUAUGAUAAAGGUGAACCAAUUGUUAUAAAAAUUCCUUAUACUGAUAAUCCAUUACCUAAUGUAAUGUUAUCAAAAGAUGGAAAUGAUAUAAUGAGAGAUAAAAAUGGUUCAAUUGAUGUUAGUAAUCGAGCUAUUACAUUAACUAUUCGAAAUGGAGAUAAGAAUACAACUGGUUGUCAACCAGAACGAGCUACACUUAAACAUGGAGGUGUCUAUGAUUAUUAUGAUACUGUUGAAGAGAUUGGACAAUAA